GGCAUAAAAUCAUCUCAUACCGUCAGUGUAGUCCUGACUGUACGUGCGUGUGGCGGUGCCGUCACAGCUACGCACGGAGGAAAGCGGCGCUGCCAUUGGAAAAUAUUUCCAGGGCUGCUGGCCGCUUAAGUGCCCUCCCAUCCGCUUCACACAUUAUCCUGUCAGCCAGAGGUUACACCGACAGGGCUCCAGGCUCGCAAAAAUGCGAUUAAGUAUAAACACCCAGCUAGUUAUAAAGGUUUUGGGCUUCGCAAAAUCUCACCGGAUUUAAAGGGGGAACGCCUAUGAGCCGGAGCGACCUCACUGUUUUCAAGGUUUCCUGUGGAGGUUGUUGGACGGGACAGCGGAGCAUCGACUGAGGUUUCCGGCUCUUCGCUCUACUUCCCCAUCUCAGAGAUGCUGCCCUGCUUGCGGAGAGUCCUGCGGCCUGCCUUCUCUCUCAGACCCGGGACUGGUCUGACCGGAGCCGCGCUCAAAACCCACCAAACGCCCGCUCUAGCAUCCCCGGUGCAGCUCGCCUCGGAGACCCCGCUCUCCGUGGUGGUGCAGCGGUGUCACCUGGGCACACACCCCCUGAAGGAGCCGAUGGAGCCCCUCAACUCACCCCGAGGAGCCAAGGAGUUUAUUUAUAGCCUUCAUCCGUCUGAGCGCACCUGUCUGCUCAGAGAGCUGCACAGGUUCGAGUCCAUAGCUAUUGCUCAAGGACAGCUGGAAAUUGCACCACCCACUGCAGCACAGUUAAGAUAUGUUCUGCUGCACAAUGCACUCCCAUUCGUUGGAUUUGGAUUCCUGGACAACUGCAUCAUGAUUGUUGCUGGCACACAGAUUGAGUUAUCAAUCGGCGUGGUUCUCGGCAUUUCAACUAUGGCAGCUGCUGCGCUGGGCAACUUGGUAUCAGAUCUGGCAGGACUGGGGCUGGCAGGUUAUGUAGAAGCGUUGGCGUCUCGGUUGGGGAUGCAGAUUCCUGACCUGAGCCCAAAACAGGCUGAUAUGUGGCAGACAAGAGUCAGCUCUCACACGGGUAAAGCCAUCGGCGUGGGCAUCGGCUGCAUCCUCGGUAUGUUUCCCCUCCUCUUCUUCAAGGACGAGGAUGAGAAGAAAGAAGGCCAGACGGAGGUGAAGGAGCAAACGCAGUCGCCACCUGCUCCAACAGAGAGCAGCAAUAAUUGAGGCGAUGCUAGAGACAAAUACUAUUCAGAAUCCGUUUGAAUGCUUGACUUAAUCUGACGCCGACUGCUCUCGCCUUGUGCGCUGGAGCGUAUGGAAAUAUCAGUGAACUCCAUACGGUCCAAUCGCACGGCUCAGUCGAACUAUCUGAGGUAUUCUGAAGAGGAUUUUAGAUAAUAUUCGAUCACAAACUCUGAACUUAAGCACAGGAGGCUCGUCAUCUCGUGAAGAAACGACUGCUGCUACCUGAUCCCGUAACCUCACUUCGUCUCGACUGACCGACACGGUCAUUUGUCUAAGACACCUCCUCUUACCUCUGGCUAUAGAUGGCUAGAUCGCAUAUAGGUUAACUGACAGCUUCAUGCACCCCCUGAAAUAUUAUAGGAGAAAACCCAGUUAGAGCUCAGUCGUGUUAUAAAGUUCUUGUUUUCUGUCAGAAAUCUUGAAAACCUUACAGGGAAGACGGAACGAAGUCAGUUUAGUGUUCCAGAUCAGCCAAUGUUUAAACACCUUUUCCGUGUUUCCCUGUCAGUUUUUGGUGGUUAUAAACCAAGAACACGGUGUCUUCAGUUCCUAAAGCAUGUAAGCUUCUGGAUUUGAGCAAGUCCUGCCUCAUCCACAGACCUUGACAACUAGUCCGCUGCAGGUGGUUAAAUCUGUAACACCUGAAAGCUUCUUCUUCUCCUCAGUGAUGCACUGCAUGUGCACACCUCUGCCAAAGGGUUCACACAAAUCACUGAAGAAGUUAAAUGUAUUUAAAAGUCCUACAAAAUAUUUUAAAGAAGAGGCAGAGGGAGGAAGAGGCAGUGAACAACGAUAUGAAGUAUAAACUGUGGAUCACCUGGAUCCUCUUUCCUCAUUUGCACUGAUCCUCCGGUUCAUAUGUCCAUAUUUGCACCCACUAGACGAAAUACAAUAUAUCCCCCUCAGAGGUGAGAUGAUAUUCAACCUCUUCUGAAAACAGCCACACGUAGAGGUGGAGGUUUGGGGGGAGAUGAAUGUUAUUUUGCAUAACGUGACUGCUGCAGUGUUUUCAUUUUGUGAGAUUAACUGUUACGGUGUGUGCAGACGGGCUGCAUUUCUUCCUGUCCCUCACUUCUAUUGUGUGUUACUGCCCUCCGCUGGCCGAUAGACGGAGAUCUAGUUGUUUUCUUUCAACUUGGUGGACCUGCUACGACCCCCCCCCCCCACACACACACACACACACACACCCCCACACACACACACACACACAGGCUUUAAUUCGCCACAGCUCCCACAAACCUUAGCUGCUAGUCUCCCCCGGUCAUAAUUUCCAACUUUCCUCACAUCGCUCUUCACCCUGUAAUUAUUUUUCUGAAUGAUUCUCCUUCAGGAGCUGCACUGAAGAAGUGUUUAGAAAUAUACGAGAGGCAGCUCUGCGUCACAGCAAAUGUAUUUAUUUUGUUAUAAUAUUCAGACUGGUAUUCAUGUACGUUUGUAUUGUGUUUCUUCUCUAUCUCAAAGGGCCGUGAAAAUAUUUAUCAGCACAAAAUAUACCUGCGUGAGUAUAUUUUAGCAGCUUUCUAUGCCAUGAAGGACCCAGCGGCUGACCGCUUUAUGUUACAGUCUGAACUCCCUACGCUUGUUCUAAAAAGACUAAGGAGACCCUGUAUACCCUGUAUAUGACUGUUUUCAAUAUUUACCGCGUGGGUAAGAGUGAUCCUGAAGAAUGAUAAUAAUGAAGAAAAUGAACGCGUACAUAUAUGUAGCUAGGAUUUUUGAGUUUUUUAUCUUGAUUGCUUGACAUCCACCUUGCAUGCACUGUUAAUAAAAAGAAACCUUAAUUUAAAAAAA